GAUUUCCAGUGUGUGUGCCGAUGUGUAUCGGGUAUUUGUCGAAUCCUGUUAGAUUUUAAAUGUUUGUUUAAAGUACAGAUUAUGAGUGGGGACCAACAUUCUAAUUUUUCAUUUCAUCUCUAUCUCAAUCCGACAGCGGUGAGAUGAUGUUUACGAUGCCCGUGUUUCCAGCACUAGAGUUGUGUCUGAAGCCUGCUGGUGCUUGCAUGCGACCGAUUCCUUUGUAAAUAUACAGGUGGUGCUUAGAGUAUGGAGAUUCAUAACAGACGGCCUUACUCAAGGCUCAGCCUAAAAGAUGAGUUUGAUUUCGACAUCAAUGACAUCAGCCGAGCUUCUACCCCAACAAGCACAAUGAGUUCUAAAUCAGAGGGACGUAGACGUGAGAAAUCACACCGAAGCCACUCCAUCGACGAUUACAAGCGCAAAAUUGCUCGUCUAAAGAGCGAAUUGGAGGCUGAAAAAGCCAGGACUAAACAGCUGUACAGGGACAAAUCGUCGGAGAUCAAGUCACUGCAAGAGGCAUACAAGAAGGAGAAAGAAAAAGAAAUCAGUAAUUUGGAGAGGAAGCUAAGUCAAGAGAAACAGAAGGAAAUUGAGAUCCUUCAGGAAAACAUCACCAAGAAGAAAGAUAAAGAAUUACAAGAGGUGCUAAGGUACAAAGAAGAGGAAGUAAAGAAACUCAGGGACAAGUUCGAUGAGGAGAAAGCGAAAGCUCUGCAAACAGUGGUGGAGUCGGAGAAAAAACAGUAUGAAGAAAAUGCAGACAAAAUGGCCAAGGAGAUGGAAAAACUCAAAGCGGAGAAAGAAAAAAUAGAAAAAGACUUCAAAAAGAAAUGUGAGGAUCAAGCCAAAAAAGAAAAAGAGUUUUCAGAGGUGAAGGAAGGUUACGACGCAGAGCUUCGAAAAAUACUCAGUGAAUCCAAAAAGUUUGCCUUUGGGAAUCUACAGAAACUAAAGAAGGCGGAGAAGGCUUUAAGUGAGGGAAUAAUUUCAGAGGACGAGGUGUUGUCAAUCACAGAAUCUCUAAGUCUCAGGGGAACUCCAUUUUCAGAGGUAUCUAGUCGCACGCCUAGUCGGCCAUUGGCACAGCGUACAGAAGAAGAUUUGGAGAUAGAAAAAUACUUGGCAUCUGCCACCCCUUCUCCACACCCUGGAUCUACACCCCUCAGAAAAUCCACUUCUGGAUUUACUCCUGUGGGAAAGUCCACCCCUGGAUCUACGCCACUGGGGAAAUCGACUCCUGGAUUUACUCCAGUGGGAAAGUCCACUCCUGGAUCUACGCCACUGGGAAAAUCCACACCUGGAACGACACCCCUAGGAAAGACCUUUACUCUUGAUGGAAAGUCCCCAUUUCGUUAUAUCAGUGUCCAAGAAAAUGCUGAGGAGGACCAAAGCAAAGAGAAGCAUAAGAAUACAGUUACAUUUCAAAAACCCAAAAAGACUUUGCUGCCAGUCAAGAAUCGAAGGUCCUCGGAAGAAAAGGACCGACACCUGCAGAAAAGAAUUGCAGAAUUACAGGCCCAGACCCAGCGACUGGAGCGAAAGAUCGGCCUCCUGAAAACUGAAAAUGACUCGCUGAGGCAUGAAAUUUUGAACGAAAAGAAACGACAGAAGGAUGAUCAGAAACCUUUGGAAGAGAAAAUCAAAACACUGAAGAAACGCAAUGCUGAGCUGGCAGCCAUUGCUAGACGUCUGGAAGAGAAGGCCAAGCAUCUGCAACAGGAAAAUAUGAAGAAGGUGAAGGAAGAGAUGAGCCCGCCCGAGUCGGAUCACAUGAAGAAGCUGUUUGCCCGGCAGAGGGCGAAAGAUUUAGCGGACCAUGCCAAAGCCAUGCUGGCCAAGGACCGUGAAAUCGAGGAACUACGCAAGAAGUGUCAGGAGCUGGCAGAUACUCUCAGCAAUGCAGACUUCCUUGGUCCAGAGAAUGUGCAGAUGUACGAAGAGAAAGAGGAACUAGUCACCAUUAUCAAACAGGCGGCCAAAGAGAGGCUACAGAUGGAGAAGCAGCUCGCCAAAAUACGGCCAAAUCCGAGUCGUUUCUCUUCGGCUGUGCAGGCAGAUUUGAAGAAGUUGAAGGAAUUAGAGACAACCAAUGAAACACUUCAGAAGGAACUCAGCAAAUUAGAGAAAGCCAGAGAAGACACAGAGAAACUCGAAAUCGAACUUACACAGAAGAAGAUUGAAUGUGAAACAUUAGCAGAAGAAAUCAAAAAGGAAAAGCAGAGGAAUAAAGAACUUGAGAGUGAUUUACAGGAGAGUGCGGCCGAGAACACUCGACUGACGGUCCAAGUUUCUGAUCUCCAACACCGCCUGCAGGAUCUAGAACAGGUCAGUGAAGAGUGCAACAUCCUGAGGCUGAAUUUGUCCGAGGCCCAGCACGAGUGUGAUCAAGCCAAACAAGAAAGAACAGCACUGCACGUCAAAGUAGGAAGUCUCGAGGAAACCAUCAAAAGUUUGAAGGACUCGGCCGAUCGCCUUAAAGACUUGGAGAAUGAGCAUCAGUCCACACUACAGCAACUACAGAACAAACAGAGCCAGCUCCAUUCUCUCCAACAGGCCCAACAGGAUGCCAAAGAGGAAUAUGAUAAGGCUCUGCACUCUCUAAAGAGUCGUGUGAGUGAACUUCAGCAGAACUGUCAACAACAGGAGGAUAGGCAUCGAGAGUUGACACAGGAACUACAGACUCUGAGAUCUGCAGCCUCCAAAAACAACUUCAAACAUCCAUCCAAUCACAGCCCAUCUCAUCACAGAGCCUUAGCCAAUCACAGCCCAUCUCAUCACAGAGACCUAGCCAACCACAGCCCAUCUCAUCACAGAGACUUAGCCAAUCGCAGCCCAUCUCAUCCAGCCAAUCACAGUUUAUCUCAUCACAAAGAAUCAUCCAAUCAAAAGAGUUUGCCCACCUCUCAUUCUUUUCCUGUUGAAGAAAACUUUCACCAAUCAAAUGCAGGUCAACUGACAGAAUCGAGUCGGUUUCCUGGAAGUGAAAAUGUUCAAGUCGACUCCACCAAGUCUCUCGACACAGGUUUUGCAGACGAUGAAGAUUUAGACAAUUCACAAAAUCCGUCCCCUGACCAAGGCAAAGCCCAGGGGGAGUUUGAAGAUCCAGAACUCUAUGAAAUAGCCAAAAAAUUAAAAGAAUUGGAGGCUUCAGAUUCAGACGAGGAUAUUUUAUGUGAAGAUCGUGGAGAGGAUUCUGGAAUGGAAAGUCAAAAAGAGCAAAAGAUGAAGAUUUCUGCCAUAGAUGAAAGUCGCCACUCCAUCCUUGCAAAGAAAGGGCCAAUACAAGUGUUCCAGGCUAAAUACUCUUACGAUCCCUUUCAACAUUCUCCCAAUGAGAAUCCUGAUGCCGAGCUUCCCAUCAAUGCCGGUGACUAUGUCCUGGUGUAUGGAGAAAUGGAUGAGGAUGGUUUCUUUGACGGGGAACUCCUUAAUGGCAGGAGGGGUCUUGUGCCUUCAAACUUCAUUGAAAAAGUUGCAGAUGAAGACCUAUCUGAGUUCCAUGCGGCCAUGUCAGACGCUAAUCACCAUGACGACGACAGCAUCAUUGGUAACAGCAUCCAGCAAGAUCUGGACUAUGACAGCAGUGAGGAAAUGGGGGGCAAGGACACCAAACAGAAGACACUAGAAAUGAAGAGUACUCCCGACAAACUGUCACCUCUCAUCAACCAAAACAACAGUCGGUCCAACAGCCGUCCAGCUAGUGAUCAUAGCAGUGAUAUAGACGACCUUGACCUUCUGGACAGCAGCAAAGUGUUGACCUCUGUCAAGAUACAGAGUCAACCUGUGGACACAUUACUGCCGUGUCCUCGAGAGCUCACUCUGGAGCGUCAGCUGACCAACAGUAUUGUCAUCAGCUGGAAACCCCCCCUCAACCACGCCCAGCUCGACGUCAAGUCUUACCAUGUCUACGCCGACGGAGUGUUCAAAUCACUGGUCCGCAAAAACGAGAGGACGAAAGCUCUUCUAGAAAAUAUGGAUUCCAAGGAGGUUCACAGAGUCAGUGUAAGGUGUAACUCAAACCUUGGACAGUCGGCAGACAGCCAGUGUACCAUGCUGGUCGGAAAAGAUGCCGUUCCUGCUCCUAGCGACCUGAAAGUUAGCGAAAUAACCUCUAACUCCGCCCAAAUCUCGUGGUUACCGGGUAACAGUAACUAUAGCCACACCCUAAGUGUUAACGGACAGGAUGUACAAGUAGUGAAGCCAGGGCUUUGUGUUCAUACGUUAACAGGGCUGGCUCCUGCCACGGAACACAAAGUGACAGUGACUGCUGACAGCCUGUCAAACAGCAGACAGGAGAAACUGUCAGCAUUUGUCAUCUUCAAGACACCAUCAGGAGGUGUUCCAGAGCCGCCACUGAAUGUCCAGGUGGAGGCGGGGCCCCAGGAGGGGACGCUACUGCUGACCUGGAUACCGGUCACCAUCGACUCCUCGGGAUUCUCCAACGGUGCAGUGGUAACCGGAUACGUGGUUUUUGCUGAUGGUAGGAGAGUUAAAGAGGCCCAGGGUCCUACAAAUGACCACAUCAUUCUGAGUGCAGAUGAUUUCCAGGGCUUUAUUCCAAAGCAGCUGUUGGUGCGCACAGUAACGGCUGACAAGACCGAGUCCUCAAACUCAGACUCGAUCAAGCUCCCGCAGGCUCUUAUCCAGGAGAUCACUGAUGGUGCCGCCAAAAAUGUCACAAAGGACUCCCCUGUCAAACAACCUGUCAAGAACUCUAUGCCCCUAAAUUCAAUCGUUCCCGACAUAUCAGAGGGAGACGAGGACAUAGAUGCCGUCAUAAACCGCAUUGCUGCAGAAGCAGAGCGCAACAUGAGUCCAGUGCUUGACAAUAUAGAGUACGGGGAUGAUUUUAUCGAGGGUAGCAGCACCUCGGAGCUUUCUGACAUCCCAGAGGAGGUGGAGGAGGAGGUUUUGGAGGAGGCCACCGAUCAGGGGCCGCCUCCCAGUAAGCUCAGCCCACAGCUGCUAAACGGUCACACCCCACUCAGCAAGAGUACAGGCGCCAAGUCCCAUACAACAUCCACCCCUCACAAAUCCAAUGAGACUUCACCCAAACCGAGGUCAUCGCCAAGGAUACCAGCAAUUGAAAUUACAAGAGACAGUGGAAGUGAAAGGGGAAAUUCUGUGGAUAUAUCGGAGGAGGAGUUAGACGUUUCUAAAUCGCCUGUGAAACACAAACGAACAGACCAUCAUAGUUCAAAAGGACACUCACGAAAUAUAUCGCCGGUCUCCCCAGGGGCGAGUGUGUCUCCAAGUGAGGAAAUUGUGGCCAAUGGCAGACAUUCAAGGCAUUCCCGUGAGAAUUCCCCACAAAGGGAUGGUCAUGUGACUAGUGAAUUGCAAUACAAGAACGAGAAAAACACUUCAAAUCAUGUGUUACCUCCAGACCCUCGGAGGAGGCUUUAUCCAGAGAGCCAUGCCUCCAAUAAGAAUGAGACUUCGCCGCCUCAUGAUCAGAGACCGGUCAAGCCUCAAAGGAGGAGUCCCAGGCACGGAGGAAGUCCCAGGAAUAGUCCACACAGGGUUAGUCCUCAGCCGGACUCUAGUCCUCACAGGGACUUGGCGGACAGUAAGACUUACAGUGACUCAAAUGCUAACGAUGUGUCCCUGGCAUCGACGGUUUCUGACGGUCGACUGGACAAUAGCGGAGUGCAUCAUGUUCCCCAACUAGACUUAUCUGAUUGUGACGACAGUGGAGAUGUGGACUCGAUCAGUGGAGAGAUCAAUCCGCCGAUCGAGGAUAAUCGAAUCCGUUUGUUUGUGGCCUUGUUUGAUUAUGACCCUGAGAGUAUGUCACCAAAUGUUGAAUGUUUGGAUGAGGAACUCCCUUUUAAAGAGGGGCAAAUUAUCAAGAUUUACGGAGACAAGGAUGCCGACGGGUUUUACCGGGGGGAGUGUAACGGUCGGGUUGGCUUCGUCCCAUGUAACAUGGUGUCCGAGGUCCAGGUGGAGGACACAGAACUCGCGGAACAGCUCCUGAAGGAGUGCCAGACCGGAUUCAAUCCCAGCAUGCAGCUCUCCAAUAACUACAUGAAACCAGCUGACCUGGGGUCAAGGGUCAGUCCAGCCAAAGUCUCCACUGUAACUUCCAGUGCACAGAUGAGGAAAAUGGUGGCACUUUAUGACUAUGAUCCUCAGGAGCUUUCACCAAAUGUUGAUGCUGAGGUGGAGCUGGCCUUCAGAAGUGGCGACACGAUCACAAUUUAUGGUGACAUGGAUGAUGACGGAUUCUUCAUGGGCGAAUUCAACGGGCGGCGCGGACUGGUUCCCUCCAACUUCCUGCAGGAGGCCCCGCUGAGCGACGACGAAGUCCUGGAGAGUGCCAGUGUUAUCUCCCCUGCCAGGUCAGGCGAGAGUCUCAGUAAUUUGUCUCGGAACUCUGACCUCACAGCGGACAAAACGCAGAAAAUGGGACCUGGCUCACAAUUGGACCAACAGUUAUCACAUGAUUCAAUGAACUCUGUAGCCAAUCAGAGCCAUCUUUACUCAACACUGCAGCCAACAUCCCCCGAGGACGCCAAGCAGAAAAAGAAGAGUUCCAGCAUUCUCUCCAAGGGCAAAAACAUUUUCAAAAAACUUACGAGAUGAUGAAAAAAUCUUGCCUUUUGAUUGGCUGUCAGUGAAGUUCAUGUCCAGUCUCACGAGUUCAUCUAGUCCAUUAGAAAGAUGAGUGUGGGAUUGUGUAUAUUGCACAAACAUAUGUGAAUUCAUUUAUAAGAGUCAAGAGGUUGUUCAGAACAAGUGCCAUUUUCUUAACAUUUUCUUCAAUGUUAUGCUUAGUUAAUGAAAUGUAUUCUAGGUUGAAAACAUUGGGAUGAAUUUGUCUCAGGUAUAGUGAAUAUUUUUCUUCUUCUCCCUAUCUCAGCCAGUAUAGUUUCGUUGCUUGAUUAGGAAACAGAUAUUACAGACUGGUCGUAUUAAUUGUGAUUUCAAUUUCCAAUCAUCAACAUCAUCAUCACAAGUCGUUUGCCACAGGUGACAGAACAAUGAUGUCGUAGUAUGUGAUUGGUUUAUGAACAAAAAAUUUUCUGCAUUGGAUUGAAAGGGAACUGUGUUUCUUGAUAAUAGCCAAAGAGAGACAUUUUCCAAAGGGAAAGAACUCUGGAGUCUCUUGCCAAUGUAGAAUGUCCGUGUGAAUGUCUUCAUUUAAUCAAAAUAUGCUGCCAUAAUAUUUUUGUUACAUCCUAAAAGCAGUUGUGUUGUUAAGAUGUUCAUAGUGAUGUUAGCAAGUGCAUGUAAUAUAGAUUUUUUUACGUGUGUUUUUUGUUAAAUUGCGAAUUGUCUGUGAUAUGAAGCAGUUAGUUAAUUAUAGAAAUAGGGUCUUUUUAUCUGGAGAAGAAAUCUACAUUCCAACAAGUCUUAUUUAAAUUACUGCAUUCCAAAGAUUGUAAUUAGUUACAGAAAAGUCGGAAAAUUUAUUUGUUUGUAAGAAAAUUAUUGAAUGGAAAAAUCUGUAACUUAUGUUCAUUAAUGUCACACAAUUGGAAAGUUGCUAUAGGAAAAUCUGUUACACAAUAAUAUAGAGGUUGCUUGUGUUUUGGACGUGUACAUUUCUCCAUGAGAAAGCGCUGCUUUUGGAACCACUAUCAUGUGAUAGGUGCUAUACGAUGUGUUGUGAUAGUCGAGUAAUCCAAUUUGUGCCUAUCCCCCCUCCCCAUGAUCAACAUGAUCAAUUCAAAACUUGAUCAUGUUGGGGAAUACAUUUUUCAGCUUCAUGAUUUCAUAUGCUAGUAUGUCAGUUAAAGGACUCAGUGUUUUGAAUUUAUAGAGAGAUUUAAUUCUGUUAUUUUUUAUUUUUGACAAAUGCUAGCAUUGUUCCUUUCAGUGCACAGAGGGUUAAUUAAACUGAUUUUUUAAAUUUCCAUUAAAUAUAAUUUAGAGAAAGAAAAGUAUCAAGCUUAUAUUUUAAGUAGAAUGUCAUGAAAGAAUAUGUUCAUCUCAGCAGAAGUUGGGAAGACUUUUUCAAACAAAACUUAUUCCUAUGGAAUUUGAUUGACAUAUGUUGAUCAUUUUAGAAAGCCAUUUUGCGAUAUUAGUACCUGUCUUCAGACAGAACUUAUUUAUUAAGCAGAUAGAUAUUUGUAUGAUAUUGUAUAACUUACAAACUUCCAUUGUAUUUAUUGUUAAUUUGUUUUUUUGUAUGAAUUAGGACCAUAUGUGAUGUGAUUUCAGAAUAAAUUAUAUUUUGUAAAAAUACACACAUAAAAUGAG